ACGGACCAGAGGCUCCACUGCAGAAAGAAGACAAACAACCCACAGGCUUACGUCACUGCGAGACCGGAACAAAUCCACCAUGGUGUCUGCCGGGUUUCAAAUUCUGGGCUCGGCCCUGGGGCUUGUGGGCUGGAUCGGUGCCAUCGUUGCGUGUGCUCUACCCAUGUGGAAGGUGACCGCUUUCAUUGGCAGCAACAUCGUCACUUCGCAGACCAGCUGGGAAGGUAUUUGGAUGAGCUGUGUGCACCAGAGCACAGGGCAGAUGCAGUGUAAGGUGUACGACUCCAUGCUGGCCCUCAGCUCCGACCUCCAGGCUGCCAGGGCCCUGACCAUCAUCUCCAUCGUGGUUGGAGUACUGGCCAUCCUGCUCUCUGUCGCCGGGGGGCAGUGCACCAACUGUGUGGCUGAUCCGACAUCCAAGGCCAAGGUGGGCAUUGCCUCUGGGGUCAUGUUCAUUACAGCUGGGGUCCUCUGCCUCAUCCCUGUGUGCUGGACGGCCCACACCAUCAUCCGAGACUUCUACAACCCGCUACUGGUCAGCGCCCAGAAGAGAGACAUCAUCACGUGCGCUCUGCCCAUGUGGAGAGUCACUGCAUUCGUCGGUGCCAACAUCGUCACGGCUCAGGUGAUCUGGGAGGGCUUGUGGAUGACCUGCGUGGUGCAGAGCACGGGCCAGAUGCAGUGUAAGGUGUACGACUCCAUGCUGGCCCUGCCACAAGACCUGCAGGCUGCCAGGGCCAUGGUGAUCAUCUCCGUAAUGGUCGGCGUUUUCGGCGUCCUCAUGUCCGUGGUUGGAGGGAAGUGCACAAACUGCAUGGAGAACGAGGUGGCCAAAGCCAAAGCCUGCAUUGUGUCCGGUGUGGUCUUCAUCAUAGCCGCCAUGCUGGUCAUGAUCCCGGUGUCGUGGUCAGCUCAUGCAGUGAUCAGGGACUUUUAUAACCCGCUGGUGAUCGCGGCUCAGAGGAGGGAGCUCGGAGCCGGCCUUUAUAUCGGCUGGGGCUCUGCUGGGCUGCUGCUGCUGGGGGGGGGCCUGCUGUGCAACAACUGCCCACCAAAAGACGGGAGACCCUACAUACCUGCCAAGUUCGCCCCUGUAAGAACCGUGGCUUCCAACGUGGACUAUGUGUGCAGAGACACGGUCACCAGACACAGAGCCCCGCUCAGGAUGAAGAAAACCCCCGCGGCGAUGGCCACCCUGGCUUUUGCUGAUUUGUCCCCGACGCAGGUGGUGCACUUCCCACCAACCACGGAGAGCAGGAUGCCAAACAGCGAGAAGAGGAUGGCGAUGACCACCAUGGCCCGGGCUGCCUGGAGCCAAUCAGGGAACACCAUGGACACCAGGUAUAAAAGCUGCAGGAGGGAAGCCACCAUUUGUAUUUCAUUGCUCGGCUGCCACACUGCUUCUUUACCACUUGAUACUAACAUGGCAUCUGCAGGUCUUGAGAUCCUUGGCGUGUUCCUGGCGACCAUUGGGUUUUUGGGAACCAUCAUCAUCUGCGCCCUGCCGAUGUGGAAGGUGUCGGCGUUCAUCGGGAACAACAUCGUGACCGCGCAGGUCUUCUGGGAGGGCCUGUGGAUGAACUGUGUGAAGCAGAGCACCGGCCAGAUGCAGUGCAAGGUCUACGACUCCAUGCUGGCCCUGCCCCGAGACCUGCAGGCCGCCCGGGCCCUGAUCGUCAUCUCCAUCCUGAUCUCCCUCAUGGGACUCCUGCUCUCCAUCGCAGGCGGAAAGUGCACCAACUGCCUCGAGGACGAGAUUGCCAAGAGCAGGGUGGCCAUCACUGCGGGGGUGUUCUUCAUCGUCGGGGGUGCCCUGUGCCUGAUCCCUGUGUCGUGGUCUGCCAACGAGGUCAUCAGGAACUUCUACAACCCCAUCAUGAAUGACGCGCAGAGGAGGGAGCUGGGAGCCUCGUUGUUCAUCGGCUGGGGAUCGGCUGGACUCCUUCUCAUCGGGGGGGCACUUCUGUGCUGUCAGUGUCCGCAGCGCAAGGAUGACAAGUACUCUGCUAAAUACUCAGCCCCGCGCUCAGCAGCUAGUGGAGGAGCCUACGUUUGAGAUGACUGCAGGAAAAUCAGCUCUGCACUUGUUUCCACCAGGAGACUGGACUAUUUGAAGUAAAUUUGCUUGUUUUUAAGUGUUAACCUUUUUUAAUUGUGUUUUUACUGAUCUAUUUUAAUAAAAGUUCUUAUGACCCCAA